AUGUCAGAGUCCACGACUGAGACCUCCAACACUGCUGUGGACGAGUGUGUGUCGCUGUCAUCGCCGUUUGACACGCUCAAGCACCUCGAUGGCCAGUUUCGCCAGCUUCUCCUGCGAGUCAGCCAACUAACCGCCGAGUUGAAGCAGGCAUAUGGACGGAUCAGGGCGCUCGAGAGCUCCAAAGCGAACGUUGAAGAGUUGCUCAAGCGGCACCAGUUGCAGUGUCGCCAGCAUGAGAAAGAGGCAGCAGCGUCGGCAUUGGCGUUGAAGAGGUCAUUACGGCAGAAGGAGUUGGAGUUGAUCCACGCCCACCACCAGAUCAACGAGAUGCGAAAGCAUAGUUAUCGGAUGAAGUAUAGUGAUUGA